GGAAACUAUAACUUUUGGCCUCAACCACCACUGGUUGAACUAUUGUGAGGCUGUGAACAAAGAGACAUCUUGAUAUCUUAUCCUGAUAGAACAUUGGGACAUCUGUUUCAUAUCAAAACUAUCACACACACAUUGCUCCUCUGUUUAAAACCUUAAAUGGCAUCAUCAUCCUAUCUUUACACAAUUCAUUCACAAUCUACCAAAAUUUCCAAUCCAUCAUCAUGCAUACAUGCACACACCAAAACCAAAUUUACAUCAAUCCCAUUUCAUACUCAUUAUCAAUGCAAACACUACCAUAUAUCAUGCAUCCCUCAAAAUCCUACCGUUCCACUCAAAGCUACAUCCACAUCUAUCCAGUCCUCACUCUCUUCCCCUAACCCACCCAUCUCAAAGGAAGAUGCUAUACUUCAAGCCAAAACAUCCCUUUCAACAACCUUAGAGAAGCCCCUCAACAACCCUAAACUAAUAGGCAAAAUCAAGAAACUUAAGCAACCCAGAUUUCGGGUUGAAAUCCCGGUCAUCGAUGACUCACCAGAUUCAGUUUCUAAACUUGCUCUUGAUAUAUUUGGGGACAUAGCCCUCAAGAGAAAAGGCUCUCCAAUUAAGAUCUUAAUCAUUUGGCCUAAUCCUAGCUUAAAAAAAGCUGCCGAUGUUGCUUUUGAGUCUCAAGCAAGGAACCAAGUUGAACACAUUGACAUUGUUUCAGUUGAUAAAACUGACCCAAGAAUCUUGAGUUCUUCUGAUGUGGCAGUAUUUUUGGUGCCAGAGAGUUCUAAAUUGUCAGUGGUGAAAAUGGUGAGUGAGGCUUUUAAUCCAAAGCCAGUGGUUUUGUUGAAUCCAAAAUGGGCAUUUGAGGAAGAGAGUAACUUUGGUGAUCUGAGUGGUUUUGUGAGUUCUUUUGAAGUGGUUUAUUCUUUUAUGGGAUUGGAGGUAAGAGGGAUAUUGAGCAAAAGAAAAGGUGUGAUUUUUAAGUGUGUGAGAGAUGGGGUUGUAAGUGGAGAGAAAUGGAAUGUUCUUGUAGAAGAAGGUGAGGAAAUGAAGGUGGUUUCUUCAUUCAAGGUUAGGCCGACCAUUGGUGAAGUUGAGAUUGUUUUGUAUAAUUUGAUGGCUGUUAAUUCACCGAUAACGAAGUCUGCGAAGUUCAUCAAGGGAUUGGUGUCAAAUGUAACUGGGAAAAAGUAAAUGGAACUGAUUCAACUGAAGAACUGAUCUUCAAGCUUUUAAUGAACUUAUCUGAGAAGUCGACAUAUUUUGUCCACAAUGACCUUAGUUCUGGAAAAGCUAUGUCUAGCCAUGGCUUUGCCCUGCCAUUGAAAUGGAUGACACCAGCAUUCUCAACAUCGUCAACAUUUG